AGGAUAGCUGAAUACCUACUCCAUUGUUUGAAGAUUUCAACGUACCUUAGUGGGCGUUGGAAAAAGCGUAAAUUGGCAGAAGGUAACUUUCAUACGAGUCAGCGAGUCCCUGCGUGCUUCGCCUCCCACAAGAAGGAUCAACAGCGCCGGCGUUUGACCCACUUGCACAUCCUCCUCCACCAUCCGGUCAUACGGCCUAUGAGGUGCGGAGGGUGCGUGAGCUGUUAAAAAGGAAGUGUGAUCAAACAUACAACACCGAGUUCGCGUCAGGCAGAUUUUUUUGGAUACGAGCAACGCCCAACAUGCCGCCCUUCGCGGCCACGCCAACGACCAGGCUCCAGAUCAACACUCACCCACCGCCAGCGGACGACGAGCUCGAGUCUCCCAUCGAAAGCUUCGCCAAGUUGAACAUUGAGGAGGAAAUGGGCGACGUGGUGGAAGCACUACCACCGCCCAAAUUCCUCAAGCUCGUGAGGCCGGAGCUCACCGCUCGCUCCUCCACCGACCCGUCACCAGCGUCGCUGCUGCAAGGCUACUUCUCCAACACGCAUCAGCGACCGAGCAGCAGCCAUCGGAACCGCUCGCCCUACAGCCGCUCCCACCUGCGAUCCCGAAGCUCGGCUUCCGCACUGCUUACUGCGCCUGUCAUGACCCGCGCGCACAGCCUGCCCAACCCGCACCUUCCCCGUACGCCAGAAACUACCGUACCGGGCACCCCAACGAGCGGCUCGCUUAGUCCGGGCUCACACAGUCCCAUGAAAUCCCCUGCUCGCGUCAGGUCACCCUUCAAGCAGGAAGACGGGCCGGCGCCGCGGUCACCCAGCUAUGCCAGUGGAGGCGCGAUCGAGAGCAUACAGGAGGACAGCGAGCUGGACCUUACCCCACGAAGCACACCCGUCACCGUCAAUACCAUGCCGCAGCCCACAGCCAUGGCGUCCUUCUCCCGCUCAGGCUCCCUACGUCGCCGGCCAGCAAGUCCACUUCACAGUCUCACCAACGCACCAACACACCAACCAACCAGCUUUCCAGCAAUCAUCACGGAGUCGAACGUAACAGCGGCCUCCUCGGGGAGCUCCAGCCCCUCACUCGGCCCACAACGACCGGAACGCUACAACGAAGCCUAUCCCAGCCUCCACCACUACGCCAGCACCUCCUCCUUCUCCAGCAUGCCCUCAACACCCACAUCAGCUCGCUCACGCUCACCCUCCAUCUCCUCCUUAGACACGAUCGAGGACACGCCUGACCUGGAAAGCGAAGCGAUUGAAGACGAGCGCAUUGAGCGGUUGAAGUUGGCGGCGGAGAGGCAGGAGCGGAUCGAAAGGGGCGAGGAUGUGGAUGGUGAGGAGGCGGAGACGGUGGGCGGGUUGACGAGGCGAGGCAGUUUAGAUGGUCCGAGGAGUGGGUUCGGGAGGGUAGGGAGGGAGAGGAAGCGGUGGAGUGUUUGUGGUGGGGAGAGGAGGGCGGAUCUGGAUUUGGAGACGAUUUGGGAGGAUUGAACGUAUCUUUACGAUGGAAUGACCUACGCUUCUCGAGAGCGCCGUUACUGCGUGACCUCUGCGACGAUGGUGACUGUCCCAAGUAGCUUACUGAGAGACUGUCCAUGAAAUGUCUACAUCUUGUCGGCGUCUCCGUCACGUGCUGAUAGCCGAUAAGCCUCUGUGCAUCAAUUAUCACUUCAAACUGCCCGCUC